CAGUUGAGUAAGAGCCGUCAAGUGGCAAGGAUCGCAGCGUAAGGAUACUCCGGGGAUACUCAUAAGGAUACUCCAAGCAAUGUUUCCCCAAGCCGAGCUCGAGAACUACAAGCUGCAGGUGGAGCUGCUGCAGGAGAAGCUGCAGCGCAGCGAGGAUAAUCGCCAGCAGCUGGAGCACAAGUUGGAUAAAAUCUUGCAGAAGCGCACUGAGCUCGACAAGUCGGUGCGCCACAAGAGCCGCCAAAAGUACCAGGAGUUCCUGGAGGAGCAGGCCAAGCGCAACGAGCGCAACAAGAAGCUGGUCCACAUGCUGGAGCGGAUCGAUGAGCAAACGGCUGCCAUGUCGCAGCGGAGCGAGCGGCUUAAAAUGAUGAAGCUGCAAUACCAAAUGUACUUUGCGAAAUUGGUGCAGAAUCAAACAUUGCGAUGCAUCCAGCAGACGACGACAUCGACAUCGGCUCCAUCCGCCGGCGGAGUGAUACCAGUGCUGGUGCAACCGCAGCCGCAGGUGACGGUGACCAAUCCGCAGUCGACGCCACAGAACUGGACGUUUGCCAUGGCCACGCCCACGCAGGCGGGCAUGCUUUUGACGCCCCAGUUUGCCGCAGCAUCUCCUGCAGGUCCGCCCAUGCAGCCGCCAACCAUGCCGGCUGGCCAUCCUGUUUACUAUCCAGAGCUCUUUGCCGGAACUACAGCUCCCCUCGGCACCUCGAACCUAUUCGAUUUGCGCGCCACCCUGCGCGCCUUUGAUAAUGAGAAUGCCGAUUUACCGGAGCGCAUGCAGCCCCACUUGACAGGUGAUUAUCAGGCGGAGCUGGGUGGCAGGAGCCAACCUUCAGCAAGCGCAGCAGCAGGUCCAGCUGCUGCGACACCCACAUCGACUUUGUCCAGCCAGGAGAAGGGUGCGCAGCAACUGAGCAGCACUUCCUCCACGCUGGCCACAUCCUCGCUGACAUUUGAUAAAUUGCCAAAGACAUCGUCGCCUUCGCUGACGUUAACUGAGCUGCCGACUGCAGGAGUAGCAACUCCUGGCCAUGAUGUGGGCGGGCAACCGCAAAGGGAUGCCGCCGACCUGGAUGGCUGGACAAAUUCACGCGUGACUAAAGUCGAGUAUGAAAAAUCACCAACUGUCGUUGGCCAUAAUGAGCCGGGCCAGGAAAAGCAGACACUACGCGAGCAGCAGCAUCAUGAGCCGCAGCAACAGCAUCAGCAGCCAUCCCACGACUUUGAAGCAUACUUCGGUGAGCUGAAAAUCGAUGAGUCCUCCUGGCAGAGUGGCCAACCCACACCCACUCCCGCACCCAGCGGCCACGAAGACAAACGCCCAUUGAACGUGCGUUCCAGCGAGUCGGGAUCUGGAGUGGGAGCGGGAUCAGCGGUUAGUGGCAAUGUUGGCAUCAGCAACGAUUUGCUGGACGAAGUCAAAGCCAGUCGGGCGGCACUCGAAAGAGCAGCGGCUGCGGUUGAUGAGCAGCUGGCAAGGGGUAAUCAAUUGUCGCCGCCAAGCAGCCAGGACCCCAAAACCGGUGUGUCGAUUGAGAAUAUUGAAAAUGCCAUUUACGGCGAACGGUUGACAGGAGCAGCAGGAGCAGGAGCAGGACUACCAGCGGCAGCAGUAGCAGGAGUAGCCUCGCCUGAGGCUAUGGCAGCCGCACCAACGAAGGGAUUUUUUGAUAAUUUGGCAGCCAACCCAUCGCCAGAGGAACAUCAGGAGGUGGAGCAACAACAGCAGCAGCAGCAGUCGACGCAGCAGGUGGAGCCGGAGCUGUCCGGGUACGGGCAAUACGAUGCCAGCAGUUAUGGCGAUGCCAGUGAGCCCAUCUAUGCCAGCAUCGAUUCCGCCAACCAGCAGCCAAUGCAAAGCGCAAAAGUGGAGCCGCUUUACAGCGAAAUCGGAAAUCCAGCAGACUAUCAGCAUCAGUCGUACGCAACGGAUGCGGGUGCCGUUGCUGCAGAUGUGCCGGCAGCAGUGGCAGUCGAUGGUGCAGCAACAACGCUGGAUGCCAGCGGUGCUGGCGAGGUCCUGCCGCAGGAGUACUCCAAUAUUGAUUACGGCAACUACGAGGCCGAUCAAUAUGCGGCCGGCUAUGAUCCCAAUGCCUAUCCGGGCUAUAUAUACGAUGAGGCGACAGGCCAGUAUAUAGCCGAUCCCAAUGCCACCCAGUAUGCAACGGAUGGCAGCUACGCUGGACAGGACUAUGAUGCCAGUGCGGUGCAGAACUAUGACUACAGUGCCUACGAACAGCAACCGGAUCAACAGCAGCAGCAAGAGCAACAGGAGAUGCCAGUACAGGAACAACUGAUGCAGCAGGAGCAGCAGCAGCAGCAGGAAGCCUAUCCCGAAACAGAAGCCACACCGGAAGUGGAGGAGAGUCCAGCCGCUGCGGCGGAGCCACCGGCACCACUGGCCACCAGUAAGCCCCUCAAACCCACAUCGAUACUCUCGACGACAGACAAACAAGCGGCGCCUAAUGAUGCGCAGCAGCAGCAGCUCAAGAAGAAGAAGCGCGUUAAUUUCGUUGACAGCAGCGAAACGGAUGAUAGCUCAAGCGCGAAACCGACCCAGGCCGCAAAUCCAGGACCCUCCGCCGCCCCCAGUCCAGCCACGCCCCCAGCCGCGGGCGGCAGCGAGAGUGAUUUCGAUUUUUCAACCGGCAGCGAGGCAAAGAAUUAGAACAACGCUGAAAACAUUUCGAGCUCUAAUUUGUUGCCAUUUGGGUUAACCAAACCGCCCAGAGCCGCCGAGCCACCCAAUUCAAUGUGAACGACCGUCUCGAUUUAUUGCCAAUUCAUUGGGCGAAAGAAAAUUCGAGAAAAUCCAGGAAACGCAGAGUGAAAAAUGGAAAAUAAAAGAGAAGCGACAAAUUCGUGAAAAGUAGUAGUUUUCUGGUGGCAAAAAUGGCGAACCUCAAGCCGCACAAAAAAGUUUCUGCUUACUUAGGCGACGACAAGCUAACAAUGCUCGUUCAAUUCAAUAGUUUUAGUUGCAUGUCAAAUAAAGCAAAUAAACUCUAAAAUACAACAUG